AUGGCGGAUCAGGUUCUUGAUGGAACCCAACAGCCUGUGGAUCUGUCAAGGCAUCCGUCUGGCAUUGUUCCAACUCUUCAGAAUAUUGUGUCAACAGUGAAUCUUGAUUGCAAGCUUGAUCUCAAGGCAAUUGCUUUGCAUGCUAGAAAUGCAGAAUACAAUCCUAAGCGUUUUGCUGCUGUUAUAAUGAGGAUAAGGGAACCAAAAACAACUGCGUUAAUAUUCGCUUCUGGCAAGAUGGUUUGCACUGGAGCAAAAAGUGAGCAACAGUCGAAACUGGCAGCCAGAAAGUAUGCAAGGAUCAUUCAGAAACUCGGGUUUCCUGCAAGGUUCAAGGAUUUCAAGAUUCAGAAUAUUGUGGGAUCUUGUGAUGUGAAGUUCCCCAUCAGACUUGAAGGUCUUGCAUACUCUCAUGGUGCUUUCUCAAGUUAUGAGCCAGAACUAUUUCCUGGAUUGAUAUAUAGAAUGAAGCAACCGAAGAUUGUGCUUCUUAUUUUUGUAUCGGGAAAAAUUGUCCUCACUGGAGCCAAGGUGAUAAGAUAAGAUAACAUAAGAUUGUUGUCCUCACUUGUUUUUUCCUUUUUGAAUCACUAGCAUUGAUUGGGCGAGUGUUUGUGUUAUUUGAACGCAACUGAUCAGGUCAGAGAAGAAACAUAUGCAGCGUUUGAGAACAUAUACCCUGUUCUUACUGAGUACAGAAAGACCCAACAAUAAUACACAAUACAAUAUUGGAGCAAUAUGCAGAAACUUCAUGGAAUGGACAGAUGCAGUUGGUAGUAUACGAAAUGGAGUGUUUUUCUUAGAGGAAAACAUCCUUCAUUGAUCAAUCUUUCCAAAACUUGAGUUUUGAGGAAUUUUUAGGAUUUGAUAGAUAUAAUGAUUCUGCAUUUGAUAUUCUCAAAACUCGGGGUGUUUCAUUGAGUUAACUUCCAUUCUUUUUAGGAACGAUUUGUGGGUUAG